CAUGCGGCUCAGUCCAUAUCGGAUUCGCUGAAGAAGGAUAGAUUAAACUGGCAUGUACAGUCUACGUUGUCUGCCAAAGCAGCACUUAGCUUUCAGAUGAAUUAGAUUGAUCUUCUCUUCUCUGCAGUAAUACACUUGAGGAGACAAAGGAACUGGAAAAACAGACAAUAUUUACUUUAGUAAGGAUCCUGGACUGUGCAGCAGAAUGGAAGGACAGAAUAUUGGUUAUGAAACUAUAGGGGACUGUAGAUGGAUCCUCGUGCGAAAGCCCAUGUCUUGCUUCGACAAAAUGAUUUCUUUAAGGCAGUUUUUGUGAUCCUGUUGCUAGGAUUAAGCUUUUUGCAUUGCAGCAUGGAGCCUUUUGUUUGAGUUAAAUUCAGACCUCUCGAUAUGUCACCUGACAGUCUUGUGGUUUUGGAUGAAUAUGGCUCAUUGCUAUUAUUAACCUGGGUUGGCAGCUGGGCAUAACAGGAGUUUAUAGGGAUCUUGAAAAGUGGAACUGCUUAGGGGAUAAAGAUGCUUUCCAGCUGGCCUUUACCAGAGUUUGACCCAAGUCAGAUCCGACUGAUUGUGUAUCAGGACUGUGAAAGAAGAGGGAGGAAUGUCUUAUUUGACUCCAGUGUUAAAAGGAAAAAUGAGGAUGUGCCUGUGUCGAAACUCUGCAGUGAUGCUCAGGUGAGAGUCUUUGGGAAAUGCUGCCAACUGAAGCCUGGUGGAGACAGUUCUUCAUCUUUGGACAGUUCAAUCAAUUCAUCGUCCUCCUCUUCUGAUGUAAAAGAGCAAUGCCCAAAAUAUCAGGGUUCUCGGUGCUCCUCAGAUGCCAAUAUGCUUGGAGAGAUGAUGUUUGGUUCUGUGGCCAUGAGUUAUAAGGGCUCCACAUUGAAAAUUCACCAGAUCAGGUCCCCUCCUCAGCUCAUGCUUAGUAAAGUUUUUACAGCCCGAACUGGAAGUAGCAUCUAUGGAAGUCUAAACACGCUUCAGGAUAGUCUUGAGUUCAUUAAUCAGGACAGUAAUACAUUAAAGCCAGACCACAGCACACUUAUGAAUGGACUCUUUGGAAACAUAGGUCUUUCACAGCUUUGCAGCCCCAGGCGGGCAUUCUCUGAACAAGGUCCGCUCCGCCUGAUCCGGAGCGCCUCUUUCUUUGCAGUUCACAGCAACCCUAUGGACAUGCCAGGGAGAGAACAGAGUGAGGACAGAGACAGCGGUAUAGCCAGAUCUGCAUCUCUUAGCAGCCUUCUCAUCACUCCAUUUCCGUCUCCGGGUUCCUCGCUUACCAGAAGCUGUGCCAGCAGUUACCAAAGACGUUGGCGUCGCAGUCAGACCACAAGCUUGGAGAAUGGGGUCUUCCCUAGAUGGUCUGUAGAAGAAAGCUUUAAUUUGUCAGAUGACAGCUCUGGUCCCAACCCAGGGAUUGUUAGGAAGAAGAAGAUUGCCAUUGGGGUGAUAUUUACACUCUCAAAGGAUGAAGAUGAAAAUAGCAAAUUUAAUGAGUUCUUUUUCUCACACUUCCCUCUCUUUGAGAGUCGCAUGAACAAACUGAAGAGUGCAAUAGAACAGGCUAUGAAAAUGAGUCGGAGAUCAGCUGAUGCCAGUCAACGGAGUUUGGCCUAUAACAGGAUUGUAGAUGCCCUAAAUGAGUUCAGAACAACUAUUUGCAAUCUCUAUACCAUGCCACGGAUUGGGGAACCUGUCUGGCUGACCAUGAUGUCUGGGACACCAGAAAAGAACCAGCUUUGCCAUCGUUUCAUGAAGGAGUUCACUUUCUUAAUGGAGAAUGCCUCUAAAAACCAAUUCUUACCAGCUCUGCUGACUGCCAUUCUCACUAAUCACCUGGCCUGGGUCCCCACAGUUAUGCCAAAUGGGCAGCCACCUAUAAAAAUCUUUCUGGAAAAGCAUUCCUCCCAGAGUGUGGACAUGUUGGCUAAGACUCAUCCAUACAACCCACUGUGGGCACAGUUAGGAGACUUGUAUGGGGCUAUCGGAUCACCUGUGAGACUAGCAAAGACUGUUGUAGUUGGCAGAAGACAAGAUCUGGUGCAGAGGUUGCUUUAUUUCCUGACUUACUUCAUAAGAUGCUCUGAGCUCCAAGAGACGCAUCUUCUAGAAAAUGGAGAAGAUGAAGCCAUAGUGAUGCCUGGAACUGUUAUUACUACGACGUUGGAGAAAGGAGAAGUGGAGGAAUCGGAGUAUGUGCUUGUCACAAUGCACAGAAAUAGAGGCAACUUGUUAUCUUGGGAAUCUGAGGAAUUGAGAACUUCUAACUGUAGUUGUAAAUACUGCAAGGGCCCACUUCCCCUUGGGCCAAACAUAGAAGCUGCUUCACAGCGAGAGAGAGAAGAUGCACAAAAUGCCUCUAAGGUAGAGCUGGAAACUUCUUUAGAGGAAAGCAGAACAACCGCAGCUGCUGACUGCCAAGAAGACCCUACUGAUGUUAAGCAUUGCAAAGAUAAUUUGAGAUCCUGUCUGGACACCAAGGUAGAGACAGUAGUCUGCACGGGGUCAGCUGCAGUGGACAAAUGUCCACUGGCAGAGUCUGGAUUAGAGCCAACCGCAGACAUCUGGAGGACUGAGGAGUCACUGGAAUCCGGUACCCAAGCCCUCAGUGUAACAAGAUCCACAGGUAUAGUUGUGGAAAAGAAGCCUCCCGAUAAGCCCUUGUCUGACGCAUUCCCUUGCAAUUCAGCUGAGGCUCAGACAAAAGUGACUUUUCUGAUUGGUGAUUCUUCUAUGUCACCUGACUCGGACAUCGAACAGAGAAGUCAAGCAGUAGCGGAACAAAUUACUAGGCAUCACAACCAGCCAGCAGCGAAGGAAGGAGCGGCUGCUGAUCAGAACUGUGAAGCGAAGCAAACCAUCGAGGACCAAACCAGAGACUGCAGGACAUCUGAACCGUUCCCUCAAGUUGCCAGCAAGCAUCAGGCUUGGAAUCCAAAUCCUUACAGUACUGAGAGCUCGAGUCUUUUUGAUGAGUAUUUUACUGAUGAUGGUUCGAUUGAAACCCAAACUAUUGAUGAUAUUCCAGUGCGAGCAGCUACAGACAUUCUGGAUCAAAGCAGUAGUUUAACAUUUUCUAAAAAACUGUGUACACAGAACAGCAAACAACCCAGUGAAUUUUGUAAGUUCAUGGAAUCUGUUCGCCAAGAGACAUGCAAAAACUGCUUUGCUGAGCAGGACCAAAAAGACAAAGUUGCUAUUAGUGUCCCCCAUGGGGAUAGAGAAAAUGUAGAGAAAAAAGUUGCCCCAGCAAUUGACUGGGACAUUCCAAGAAAUGAGAGCUCAGAUAGUGCCCUUGGCGAUAGUGAAAGUGAAGAUGCGGGUCACGAUCUAACUAGACCAAGCAGCAACUAUUAUGGGGGAGAGCAAGAAGAUUGGGCAGAGGAAGAAGAGAUCUCUUUUCCUGGGUCAAAAUUAGUUGAAGUGAACUCUGUCCAGCCCAGUAUUGCCAAUUUUGGAAGGUCCUUGCUAGGUGGCUACUGUUCAUCUUACGUACCUGACUUUGUUUUGCAAGGAGUAGGAACUGAUGAAAAACUGAGACACUGUUUGGUGUCAGAUUUGUCGCAUGCUGUUCAGCAUCCUGUCUUGGAUGAACCGAUCGCAGAGGCUGUCUGCAUUAUUGCAGACAUGGACAAGUGGACAGUACAAGUGGCCAGUAGCCAGAGGCGAAUGAUUGACAAUAAACUGGGAAAAGAGGUGUUAGUCUCCAGCCUUGUCUCCAAUCUGCUUCAUUCCACUCUUCAGCUUUACAAGCAUAACUUAUCUCCAAAUUUUUGCGUCAUGCACCUGGAAGAUCGGCUACAGGAACUGUAUUUCAAAAGCAAGAUGCUGUCUGAAUAUCUCAAGGGCCAGAUGCGAGUUCAUGUCAAGGAGUUGGGCGUGGUGCUGGGGAUUGAAUCCAGUGACCUCCCUUUACUGGCAGCUGUAGCAAGCACUCACUCUCCAUAUGUUGCCCAGAUACUACUUUAAAAUGCCAAAGGGCAUGGACAUUCACUUUUUUUUUUCCUGGAAACAAAAUGGAAGGCAAAGAACAUGAAACAUACUUGUUCCAACUCCUUUUUGCUUGAGGCAACUGAAAUGAACAGCUUGCUGAGUGGACUGGGUCUCCAUAACUGACUGCACAUUAUGCACACACUUGGAGACUACUUCUAUUUUUUUUUCAUUCUCCCACUUUGGCCAUUCAUUAAAAAAAAAAAAAAAAUUCAAAGAAAAAAGACAAGUUGAAAAGCCUGAGAUUCUGAGUAAUGAAGAAAACCCAAGAUCAUGGAGAAAGCUGAAGAACUGAAUAUAGUUUGGGAAAUUUCUCAAGGAUGGCUAAUUACAUGUGGCUAAAAGUGGGUAACGCAAGGAAGAGCUGCUUUGUAAUGAUUUACAAUGCUAUCGCUGGUAGCAGACUUAACAGGAGAAGGAAGUAGCUGCCUUGAGAUUUGUCUUCUCUUCCAGGAAUGUAUUAAAAGUGUUGGUUUUCAGGCCACAAUGAUUUGUAAACAACUUCUACUUUUUUCAUUACGCAGUGAAAUUCUGGAUAUUUCUCAGAGGAAAAGCAAUUUUUGUAAACAGCUUAUUACUGAUACUGGGCUCUGAAAUUCAUUUGUAAUGGUUCCUAGGGGAGGGGGAGGGAGCCAACAAGCAACCUAGCAAACAUCAUCCUGUUUCCUUUUCUUGGCUUGACAUUGUAACUGGUAUUGAAUGUUUAUAAUGUUUAGAUGUCUCUUUAUACUAAGUGAUGCUCUUGUUUCAAGACUUAUGAAAAACGGAAAGAAUUCAAUUUAAAACCACCACUGCAACCAAAAAAGUUUAGAGAGAAAGCUGAUUGAAAUUUCCUGGUGGUGUGCCCAAAAUGGCAUGAGUAUUACCUCUCUCUACUUUUUUACAGUAUAUAAUAUUCUUGCAACAUCCUAUUGUUUAUACAGCAGUUGGGCAGCGGGUGAAAUAAGCUAGAAAUAAUUGUACCAAAGCAUUGGAGGAAAAAAAAUCCACUAUUACCCUUAAUUGCUCAGGUAGCUAAUUGCUAUAUUUUUUAAAGUAAUUCUACAGAUGCGGAUACUGACUACACCAUUGUGUAGUAAUAUCAAAAUUAUUUUUAGACAAAAUAUCCCCAUGAUGGAAAUUAUCUUAAUCCCUUUUCUACCAACUUGUAACUACCAACAAGAAAUGCCGUCCAUCCCAUUCUCGACAUUUCUCUUUCAUUCAUUCAUUCAUCUAUCAUUGUCAUUGUAUAUACAAUUGGUGUAAGACCAGCUGAUGUGGAACCAAUCUGCUGUAAGUAAUGUAAAUAUGCAGUGGGUGGGUGGAUUGUGCUUUCAAAAGGAUCUACUACCUCAGUUUAACUGGACCCUGCAUUAUGUGCUGCUUUGCUUGUGUGUCCUAGCAGCCACUUUAUGUUGUUGAUUAUAGAGUUCAUUUCCAUCAACCAUUUUCAGCAUGCAAGAGUUCAGCAAUGUCUCAACAAUGAGAAUGAAAGGUACUUCUUCACUCGUUAGGUAAACUAUAUUUACCAUUAGA